AUGGCCUCCGCUCAAGCCUCUUCCAUUUUGGACCAGCUCGCCAAAGCAGGCAAAGCAUUCAAGCAGGAUGAGCCUGGUUCACGAGAGGCUCUGAUCGCGCACAGCCGCGCGCUUGUCGCUGCGUUGGAAAUUCCCAGUGAAUUUAUCCAAAGGACAUUCUGGGCAGAGCCCGCCCAAUCAGCAACAAUCCGCCUAGCUGUAGAUACGAACCUCUUCCAACAUCUCCGUGAUGCAGGCGCCACUGGUCUGAACGCCACAGCCCUAUCGGAAAAGACAGGGAUUGAGAAAUCCCUCCUUCAGCGCCUCACCCGCCAUCUAGUCGCAGCAAACUUGCUCACUUUCUACGAAAAUGCUUUCCACGCCACAGAGCUAAGCAACGGCCUCUCCGAAGAGCGGUACCAGCAUAGUAUCUCAUUCUGCUAUGACGCUGCACGACCUUCGUUUAACGGAUUCCCCGCAUACUUUCAGGAAAAUGGAUAUCGGGCGCCCACGCUUGGGGGCACAGAUGGACCAUUCCAAGCUGCUCAUGGGACGGAAUUGAGUUUCUUUGAUUGGCUUGUUGCUACGCCGCCGCAUUUGAGACACUUUGAUUCUUUCAUGUCGGCUUACCGGGCUGGUAAGAAGAAUUGGUACGAUGAGGGAUUCUAUCCUGUCGCUGAGAGAUUGGUGAAUGGGUUCAAGAAGAGCGAGGAUAGUGGUGUUUUGCUUGUUGAUGUUGGUGGAGGUCGUGGUCAUGACGCUGCUGCCUUCGUGGAAGGUCUCCAGGACAAAGUUGGCAAAGUUAUCUUGCAGGAUCGCGAGCCCGUUAUUGAGAGUGUAGUCGGUAGUGGCGUGGAAAAGUUAGGAUUUGAGGCUCAGGCACAUGAUUUCUUUACACCCCAGCCUGUUGUUGGUGCCCGCGCUUAUUCUCUGCAUUCUAUAUUGCACGAUUGGAGUGAUGAGGACGGAGUGAAGAUUUUGGAGAAUCUCGUUCCGGCACUGAAGAAGGGGUAUUCGCGCGUUCUGUUGAAUGAGAUUGUCGUUAGCCAGGAGCACCCUACCCUCGCAGCGACAAGUAUGGAUAUGAUGAUGUUGGCACAUUUUGCUGUACGGGAGAGGACUGAGGCCGAGUGGAAGAGCAUCUUGGAAAGCGCUGGUUUGAAGGUUGUGGCGAUUUACACAUAUCCUGGUGUCGCGGAGAGCCUGAUUGAAGCAGAAUUGGCUUAG